UCCGUUCGUUACAAUGGUCGCAGACAGUUCUUGCUUGCUGUGUUACUCUGUAUUUGCGACAGUAGUAGCACUCCUAUAUAUCCUUUUCGAUGUAAAUUAUUUCCUGAGAAUUAUUUUCACAAUUGUAUUAGGAAAACUUUUUGAUAAGAAGAAAAAAGUCGACGAGUCCACAGAAAUUUAUGGCGUUUGUACCUCACAAGAUCUGGACAUAUUCUUCAAACACAUGAACAACGCCAGGUACGUGAGAGAUUUGGACUUUGCUAGGUUUCAUUUCUAUGAACGAACAGGCCUUUACGACGAAAUUACCAAAGCCAAGGGUCACGUGCUACAAACUGCGUCCAACAUCCGUUACAGAAGAACCAUUCCACUGUUCAACACCUAUAAAGUAACUACAAAGAUCGUGUACUGGGAGGAAAAAACCCUUUACAUAGAACAGCAAUUCAUCACCUUAAGCGACGGCUUCAUCAGAGCCAUAGUUUUGAGCAAACAAGGCACCAUUGGGCUAAAUGUACCGGAAAUUAUGGCGAAGUUGACGGGGAAGCAUAUCUCGUAUCGUCCUACGCCUCCUGAUGAGUUGCAGGACUGGCUAAAUUCUAUGGAAAAAUCCAGCGCUAGAUUACGCAAAAAGGACUGAAGUUGCUAUAUUUUAACAAAGGUUUGAGGGAUAUGGAUAAAUAUGGGAUAACAAGAUGUUAUAUACAUACAUCAGCUAUAUUUCUACUGUAGAAAUGAUUAUUGCAAUAUCAGUAAAAGAAGAUUGUCAAUAUUUGUAUUAGAAGUUGUGGAAAAGCUUUCUAUUGAAUUCACUUAUUUUUUUUAUGGAAGAAAUAAUGAGUCACUGUUUUUGUUACUAUUAAAACUAUACAUGCACAUGUACUUAAUGUUUCAUGUGCGUGUAUUGUUAUUUUUCAUCAAUACUGAGGGCGUUUGUCGAUGUCAGAUAUUUCACAUUUUCAACCCACAAUGAUUGUUAAAAAUUUAUUAUUCCAUAGUUCUACAAUAAAACAAACAUUGUUAAUGCAUUGUACAUUAAACGUUUUAUUCAAAUACUUUUCCAACCAAUAUUAAAAAACUCGAUAAAAAAUUAACUAAUCUGCUAACGGUCUAGCGUCCCUCGUAUCAUAUUUAUUUAUUGAAUGAUUUUAGCGAACUUUUCCUGUUAUACAGGCGGUACACAAAUAGAUAAGUACCAUUAGGAUUCUUUUAGGGCAAAAAUUCAUGUGGUUUUUCAUUAACACAGCGCUCAAUUUCCCCUUGAAGGCGUGGGUGGCCAUGGGCUUAUUCAUAAACAUUAAACUUCAAAAUACCCCAAAGAAAUAGUCUCAUAGCGUUAAAUCGCAUAAUCCGGGUAGGCAAUAAUUCUGAUGAUCGAAACGAAAAAUGACACGACCAGGAAAUGACUUAGUAAUUGAAUUGUUUCUCGGGCAAUACGGCAUGUAGCACCGUCUUGUUGAAACCAUGUGUGUCGUCUAUACAUCCGUAUCUUGCAAUUUAGGCACAAAAAACUAAAUUAUCAUGUGGCGAUAGCGCACCAAUAACAGUUACUGCCUGACCAGCAUCAUUUUCCAAGCAAGAAUAGUCUAAAUUCGCACCAAAGAGUAACACGUUUUGGAUGCAUUUGUUUCUCAGCAAUCACUCGUGGAUGCACAAUUCGAUUAACGAACUCAUGAAGAUGAAAAUGAGCCUCAUCACUGAAAACCAACAUCCACUUGUUCCAUAAUCUGUAGAGUGUAGAGCAUAUCCGAAAUGUCCAAUUCCUGACAACGGUGCCGAACUGAGAACUGAUAUUCCUGGACUCUCACGAACUGCUUCGAUGUUUUGUGUUAAACGACUUGUUCAAGGACGGCCAGAGUGUUAAAGAUCACUAAUUGAUCCAGUUUCCCUGAAAUUUUCAAUUAAUCCCUUCACAGUUGAUA